GAAAGUGGUGGGGGUGGUGAAGGGGUGCAAAAUGUGCUAGGUUUUGUGAGGAAUUCACUUCAUGUCAUCCGAAACAAUGAGGGGAAUAAGAGCAACUGUUGUUUUCACAUUAUUAUUUUCUUCAGUAUUCAAGAUCACCUUGUGUGGAAAUGUAUUUCUUGAUAGAAAAUCAGCAUCUCAAGUUUUCGUCCGUGCAAAGAGGGCGAAUUCUCUCAUGGAAGAGGUAAGAAAGGGAGACCUGGAACGAGAAUGUGUGGAAGAGAUAUGUGAUCACGAGGAGGCACGAGAGGUGUUUGAAAAUCAUGACAAAACGGCUGUGUUUUGGAUCAAAUAUGGGGAUUGUAAAGGCACUGAUUUGCCCAGAACCAAGGAUGGUAUCCAGACAUUGCGGACAUGUUUGGAUAAUUAUUCGGAGGUGAACUGUUCAGCAGGCAUUGGUAAGAACUACCGGGGUGACAUUUCUGUCACCCUGUCAGGAAGGACGUGUCAGUACUGGACCAGUAAUUUCCCACACAGAAUCACGGAGUUCAAUGUUUCGUCUGACAAGACCCUGACUGAAAACCACUGCAGGAACCCAGACGGCAGUUUCUCAGGGCCCUGGUGCUUCACUCGGGACCCCACAGUCAGGAAAGAAGAAUGUCAUGUUCCGAAAUGCGGCGAACCCUUUGUGCCUGCUCCAGCUCCUCCUGCCGUUGAUGUGAAAGCCAAGUAUACCAAAAAAGACUGCUUGGCCGGUAGUGGUGAGGACUAUACAGGGAACCUCUCUGUCACCAUGAAGGGCUUCACGUGUCUACCUUGGAGUUCACCUAAAGCUGUUGCCCUCAGUGCUGGAAAAGACUUUAAUCGUGAAAUCAAGCUGGUAGAGAAUCACUGCAGAAACCCUGACAUGGAUUUGGAAGGGCCUUGGUGCUUUGUGGACAAACCCAACAUCACCAUGGACUACUGCAAACUAGAGCUGUGUGAUGAUCCCAUUGAUAAUUAUGAAGAGGAGCUUGAUGGACGUGAAAGGACAGUGAUUUCAGGGCCAAAAAAGACCUUUAUGAAUCCAAGGAGUUUUGGCGCUGGAGAACUGGUGUGUGGAGAGCGGCCCUUUUUUGAGAAGACAAAGAAGGAGGACCAGAAUGAGCAGGAGCUGCUGGAAUCCUACCAGGGAAGCCGAAUUGUGAAAGGCACGGAUGCUGAAAUAGGGAGUGCACCAUGGCAGGUGAUGCUGUACAAGAAGAGCCCACAGGAGCUGCUGUGUGGAGCCAGUCUAAUCAGUGAUGAGUGGAUCCUUACUGCUGCCCACUGCAUUCUGUACCCACCCUGGGAUAAAAACUUCACUAUCAAUGACAUUGUAGUCCGACUGGGCAAGCAUUUCCGUGCUAGGUUUGAAAGAGGCACUGAAAGAAUUGUUGCCCUUGAUCAAAUAAUUGUCCACCCCAAAUACAACUGGAGAGAGAACCUUGAUCGGGACAUAGCUCUUCUGCACAUGAGGAAGUCCAUCACCUUCAAUGAUGUAAUCCAUCCCAUUUGUCUGCCAACCAAGAAAAUUGCAAAAAGGCUGAUGUUUGCAGGCUACAAGGGCCGCGUGACUGGUUGGGGAAACCUCAGAGAGUCAUGGUCUUCUGCCACCCAAAAACUGCCAGAUGUCCUCCAACAGGUUCACCUGCCUAUAGUGGAGCAGGACAUCUGCCGCAGCUCCACUUCCAUACGGAUUACAGACAAUAUGUUCUGUGCAGGGUAUAAACCAGAGGAUGCUACCAGUGGCGAUGCCUGUGAAGGUGACAGUGGGGGUCCUUUUGUCAUGAAGAGUCCAGAUGAUGGCCGGUGGUACCAGAUUGGCAUUGUGUCAUGGGGAGAAGGCUGUGACAGAGAUGGGAAAUUUGGAUUCUAUACCCAUUUGUUCCGUAUGAGAAGGUGGAUGAAGAAAGUCAUUGAAAAAGCAGAUGGCGAUGAUGACUGAUAUCGUCUUUGCUUCUAUGUGUCUUUCCACAAGGAAAUCAAAAUAAAGUGUGAAUUGAUUGAAAGUAAAU